UUUGGUGUCGUGAAGCUCUCAAUCUUUUUCAUUCGUCGUCUCAGUUUCACCCUUCGAGAAAAACCGCUAGCCGUUCUGACGGAUCCACGGAGCUACCCUUAUUAUUGAGGUGACCGAUCUGAUGGGAAGAUGCGGUUUUGGAUAUUACUGGGUCUCCUUACUUGUUUCAGCCCCUCCAGUUCAUUUCAAGCAGGCUACAUGUCAAGACCAAGCAUGCUAGGCCUCAGCAAUAGUUUUCGUGAACGAGCUCAGUCAGCAUGGCGUUCGAUGUCUAACUCUAUGUCACGGAGUAGAGGAAGAUGGAGGAGCGAUUUAGGACGUUCUAAUUCAGGAUCCUUCGCGCCGACAAACUGGCCGGACCCGGAGCCGCUGACCCGAACCCCGAAUUAUCCAGCCGCGUUAGAGAGACGUUACCACAUGCCAGCACAAACACCUUACGAAUACCCAUCCUGACUCAACACGCCGAACUCGCCGCACUGGCUGGAUGCAUUCAUCUCAAACCUGAACAGGGACAAUUUCGGUGGCGGCAUCCAAAUGAGUCCACCGCGGCUCAUGGAAGACAUCCACUAUGUAGAUCCGCAUACAGGUAGCUCGUAUCAGAGGCAAAGCUGGGUACAAACGACUUCAUCAAACCAGCCAAACGGGCGGGAGAGAAGAGCAAG